AUGUUCCUGAUGUCCCUCGUGGGGGGGGCGGCCGCCCCCCGACUGCUGCUGGCGCUGCUCUGGAUGGCCGGCCCAGCCGCCGCCCCCCGGCCCCCCAGCAGCCCCCCCGGAACCCCUCCGGGCCCCCCCGCGCCCCACAGCGAAUCCCCGGUCCUGUCCCUCAACCUCGGCCUCAACUUCAAGAUCAAGGUGCGAAGUCAGGGAGGACCUCGCCCCCCCGCGCCCCCCACCCCUCCGGAGCCCCCCCGGAGCGCCGCGCCCCCCACCCUGCCCGACCCCGGCGACGAGCAGGGCUCCGCCGGCCCCCCGGAGGAAGCGGGGGGCUGGGGUGGCCCCCCUGGCCGCGGGGUUACGACCCCCCCUCAGGGGCGCCCCCGGGACAAGCAGCUGGAGCUGGACAUCGCCAUCGACCUGACCGCGGGGCUGGAUUCCCCCUUGGCCGGCUCGGGGGCGGCCGUGCCCCCCACUACCCUCCUGGGGGGCCCCUCCGGCCGCCCCCGGUUCCUGCCGGGCCUCUCGAAGCUGGCCGGCAGACUCAGCGCCGCCGGGUUCCUGUUUCCCACGGUGGCCCCCAAGAUCGACGGCGAGGGGGGAAACGCGUCCCUGGAGCUGGACGAGGCCGGGAGCGGCGUGGAGCCAGCCCUCUCCCCCGGCCGCCAGCCCUCCCGGGGGGCCGCGCCACCCCCCGCAGCCGCCUCCGCCUGCACCCCCGGAUCCGCCUGCGACUCGGGGGGGCCCGACACCGGCGGGGCCUCCCCCGCACCCCCCUUUUCCUGGCCCCCCCACUUCCUGCCGCUGGGCACCCCGUGGCCCGAGGCCGCGGCGCUCUGGGGAGCGGCCUGGGGGGGGCACGUCUAUGGGGUGGGGGCGGCGCUGGCGCUGCUGGGGGGUCUGGGGGUGCUGCUGCUGCUGGGGGGAGGGCGGCCGCCCCUGGCCCGGCUGCUGGGGGGGCUCCUGGCUGUGUCGGGGUUUGCCCGCGCCUUCCCGCUGUUCUUCGACCCCUACGAGCUGGAGGGGCGGCUGCCCCCCGCCGCGGCCCGAGCCCUGUUCGAGCUGCCAUUCCCGUGCCUGGGCUGGGGGCUGGCUCUGGCCCCCCCCGCGCGGGGCGCGCCGCUACUGCUGGCGCUGGGGGUGCUGCACCUGGGGGGUGCCCUGGGGGUCGUAGGGGCGGUGGCGGCUCUGGGGGGGCCUCCGGCGCUGCUGCUGCUGCCCCGGGCUCUGUUCGCGGCUCUGGCGGCCGCGCUGGCGGUGGGGGGGCUGCGGCGCUGCGCGGGGCGCGGCAAGCGCGGGGGGCUUGGGGGGGCGCGGGUGGGGGUCCCGCGGCUGGUGGGGGCCGCGGGGGCGGCGCUGAGCGCGGGGCUGCAGCUUUUCGGGGCGCUGCAGGCCUGGGGGUGGGUGGUGACCCCCCCGCCGGGACCCUGGGCCUGGUGGGGGCUGCAACUCGCCGCGCGCUUGGCUGAAGUCGCCAUGGGGGGCGCGCUGGCAGCGCUGGCGUUCGCGGACACCCCGAGCGGCCGCGCCCCCACCGACGGUCCCCCCGAGCCCCCCGAGGGCGGCGGUGGAGGGCGGGGAGCGGUGGAGGAGGCGGGGGGUUCCCCCGAGUCCCCCCUGGAUGUAGACGGGGACCCCACGGCCGGGUACCGACCCCCCUCCCCCAUCGACUUGCGUCGCUCCAUCGACGAGGCCUUGGGAGCGCCGGGAAUGUUCCGCGCCGGGAACGGCAGCAUCGGGGGGCACGGGGGCACGGGAAGCACCGGCAGCACCGGGCUCGCUGCUCCGGGCAGGGCAGGGAGUAGCGGGAAAAGCAAGAGCAACGGGAUCAGUGUCCCCGGGAGCACCGGGAACACCGAGAUCAGCGUCAUCAGCAACGCCGGGAGCAGCGGGAAUACCAGGGAUACCGAGAACAUCGGCACCAGCACCACCGCCUUACCAGGGGGCGGCACUACCGCCAUUCCGGGGGUGGGCACGGCUAGAGCAGCGGGAACGGGCGGAGCUGGCACGAGCCCCGACGGGGGAGACCCCGCGUCUCCCGGGGGUGGGGACGGCCGCAGCCCGGGCAGUGACGCCAUAGACUUGCCGGGGACCCACCCUCAUGUCCUCGAGACCCCAAGUGUUGAUGACAAUCUGAGGAUGCCCAGUGUGCCCCCCCAGCUCCCCGAGACCCCCAAAUACGGUGCCGAUAAUGACCUGGGGACCCCCCCUCUGCAAGCCGCUUCCAAGUCCUUAAGACCCCCGAACAGGGGUGACAACCUGAGCCCCCCCAUAUCCUCGAGACCUCCAAGUGCUGGUGACAAUCUGGGGUCCCCACCCAAGCUGACCCCAAGUCCCCGAGACCCCGAGGUGCUGGUGCCAAUAUGGCCCCCCCCCCCCCCAAACUCCCUGAGACCCCCUAAUACGGUACGGCUCCAAUACGGGACCCGCGAAGGCGCCCCCGUCCCUGGAACGGUGUGCCUCAAGGGGCUCUCGACCUCCUUCCCACAGGGACCCCCGAUGUGA